CCACCAUUCGCGAGUUGUUACAGAACCUAUGAAUGUGUUAGAUUUUAGAGUCAAGACAGAUAUAGAGUCAAAAGGAGCGCACAAAAAAGUUUCGGAACUUCAAUUUAAGUCGACUGAUGUGAAGAUUGAAGGUAACGUCACUCAUAAUCGUAAAGUUGAUACUUCCAAGAUAACGAAAACAACUUCAUUAAAGAAAAGCAAAAACGAUAAUGGCAGUACUAAUUCAAAUCACAAAUCGACCCGACGAGUCACAUUUGGCGCGGCAUCAAUGGUUAAACCAACCUUUUCCAGGACACAAAGCGCUACGGAAUCUCUUCGCAGAAAGGAUCAUGACGUUCUAUCUUAUGAAAACACUGAUGGAAUAGUAACAUCUUCUUGUAAGGCAAUUCAUAAUGUGGUCGGUGAAAAAAACAAACAAGAAUUUUAUGCUAGAUACGAAACUUGUUUGAAAAAUUGUACUUCCGUUCUUGUGACCGGUUCUCCGGGUGUCAGAAAAAGGAUCCAUCCUACUGGAAGUGGAACGCUGAAUUCAUCAUCAAUGCGAAGAACCCACGAAGCAGAUCGUCUUCUUCUAACAGAUCAUUCUAAUCUUCACGAGACAGAACGACAAAAGAACGAUGAUGGUAUUGUGAAAGAACGACGUAUAAAUAAACACACCAACGAAACCAUUAUAAAAGAUGAUUAUCCUGAGAUUUGUUGUCAUAUUUCGGAUAGUUCACCUCAGACGUGUCGCCCUAUAAAAACUUCAGUUUUAUUAAACGCGGCUCGUGUCGGGAAUAUUUCUUGGUUAAGAGAACUCAUAGAUUACAAUUUGAAAUUUGGUUUCCGUGAUGUGAAUGCCGUGGAUCGGAAUGGCAGGACUUUACUUACUUGGCUGGCCUCGCGUGGUAUAGCUGAUGUUUUGAAUCAAUUGAGUCGAAUAAAAAAUAUCAAUCCUAAUUUGGGUGAUAACGAAGGAAACACACCCUUACAUUUUGCUGUUCGUUAUGAGAGAACGGAGUUCCUGAACUUGUUCUUGGUUUAUUUUAGAGGUAGACUCACUAUUGAUCGAAGAAAUGUAUUGGGUUUCACACCGUUGAUGUGUGCAGCUAUAGAUGGAAGAAGCAGAUCUGCCCAACUAUUAUUAUUAUCAGGUGCUGAUCCGACUUUGCGCGAUUUUGGUCGCAAUUUGAGAGCUGAUCAAUGGGCAUUGCACUGUAGUAGAUUAGUGUGUGCCGAAGUAAUACUUCGUCAAAUAAGAGAGUUACUUAAAUUUCCCGAUUCUUCUCGUAACUGGGAUAGUCAAAUUAAUAUGGAAGUGGUUUUUUGUAGAGGAAACGCGAGGAAAAUAUCGUGUGAUUCGUCGAGAGAAGAAGGUUUUGGAAUGAAAUUUAGACAAAUUUUUCGAAGAACUUCGACUCUACCCCAUGACAAAAAUUUACGUGCCAAAUUGAUGAAACAAUUAACAGCGGCAGCUUUUUGCGCUACAUCACCGGCUCUUCCAUCUAGAGAAUAUUUACCACCGUUAGUAAAAUCAAUUUUACGUCCAUUGAACGUUCCUUUAAUAAAAAUUACUUUCGUCAGAAAUGAUGGGAAUACGAGUACUGAAAUAAUUGACUACAACGUGAGAAAUGGUAUUCCCUCUACAUCUGAUAACUCAUCGAGAUCUUAUAUGUCUUCAUCUUCAUCGAUAUCUAACAUUUCCACAUCAUCGAAAUCUAGUGCGAAUAAUGACAAAAAAUCCAUUAUUCAUAGGAGGGCUUCGAAUAAAAAAUAAUAUUUUCUCCAUUAAAAAAAACUAUUCACUUUGUUAAUUCUGAUAGUUUUUAUAUCAUUUUCUAAAGAAACUGUAUUCUUAAUUAUUUUAUAAAUGUUUCUUCGGCUUUUGUCAAUGUUCAGUCAAUGACAUGGAAUCUCGGUAUUAGCUAGUUGACAUUUUUGACAGUUACUUUGUUUCUUCCCUUGGUAUGUUCUGUGCCUACACAUAUUUAUAUCUCUCGGUAUUUUCGCAAAAACCUAACCUAAUCACGUCUAAAUGCUCCAACAAAGGCAGCAAGACUCUAAAUAAUGUAGUUACAUUCCCAUACAAAGGGUCACUGUAACUCCUGAAAUUUCGCGAAAAUACCGAGACGUCAUAUUUGUAAGGUUAAGUUUAUACAAGCCGGUUAUGUAAAACAAAUACUUCUACUAAAUCACUAUUUGUACUUUUCUUCUUUUUCUUUUUCAAUUAUGCAGACAGUUUAGUUGUAAUUUUUUGAAACUUUUAAACAUCGAAAUAUACAGUGAGUGUUAGAAACAAAGCUCUAAUCAAUAUCCAACUUGAAGUUCUUCACAGCUGUGCAUCGAGAAUGUGUUAGUUAACCUGUAGGAUUGGAAUUAUACUGAUAAGGUAUUCAUAAAAUAAAAAAAAUAAUAAUAGUAAAUCCAUUAUUUUAAUAAAAUAUAUAAAUAAGUAUUGGUCAAACAAUAAUUGAAAUAAAACAAUACAUGAAAAUCAAUAAAUGAAUAUAAAUUUGAGCAAAGUUAGUAUCCUCCAAUUAAAAUGAAUUUAUAUAGACUCAAGUGUCUUUUCUA